AAACUACAUAUCCCCAUGUAUAUGUUUCUCAGCAGUCUUGCAGUUGUAGAUAUUUGCUUUUUGUCUUCGACUGUCCCCAAGCUACUUGCUUCCUUAGCAACUCACAAUGGUCAUAUCUCUUUCUCUAGUUGUCUUACGCAGUUCUUCUUUUACUACUCUUUUGGUGCCGUAGAGUUUGGUUCCCUGGCUCUGAUGUCUAUUGAUCGAUACUUUGCCAUUUGCCAUCCUUUAAGAUACAGUGCUCUUAUGACCAAGCAUGUGUGUGCUAGACUCAUCCUUGGUGUAUGGAUUUUUGGUUUCUUGAAGUUCAUUCCAACUUUCAUUUUCCUGUCAAGGUUAACAUUUUGUGGUAGACCCACCAUCAUUCAACACUUCUUCUGUGAUGGUUCUGCACUUUUAAAUGUUUCCUGUUCCGACACUAGUUUUGUGGGAUACAUUUUUUUAUGCACUACGAUAUUUGGUAUUGUUGUUUCUAUCAUACCCACUUUGCUCUCAUACACUUUCAUCAUCUCUUCUAUUUUCAAAAUAUCUACAUCUAGUGGAAGAAAAAAAACAUUCUCUACUUGCUCGGCACACCUUCUAGCUGUGUCAACGGACUAUGGAAGCUGUAUUUUCCUCUAUAUUCGGCCAGCAGGAACUACAUCUAGCACCUCAGAGAUGUUUGUAACUGUAAUCAAUAGUAUUUUAAAUCCACUUCUAAACCCAUAUAUUUAUACGUUAAGAAACCAAAUGAUUAAGAAUGCAUUAAAAGGUUUUUUUAAGACAAAAUGAACACCAUACAUUUCUAAAAAGCAAUAGUAUACAUGAAAAAAAUAAAUGGACAGAUUUAUAUUUUACAUUUAGAUCUAUUUGCUUGAUUAUUUUUUAACUCUCAACAGCUAACACUUCAAGCCAAAAAGCUGACCCUGCGCUGGAGGCUGUUCUAGAACUGUAGACAUUUAGUUAAAAUUACAAAAUUUGUAAAAUUACACACACUUUCAUCUGCAUGCACAUGUUAGCAAACCCUAUGCUUAAAAGAUUUAUGUGGCCUAAGUGCCAAGAUGUAUGUGGCCUAAGUGCCGUAUGGUCUCUGAACUCAUUUCUGUCAAUUCUGUAUAAAAGAUUUAAAGGGACACUAGAGUCUCUUAAACAACUUAAUGAAGCAGUUUUGGUUUGUAGAUUAUGACCAUCCAGUCUCACUUCUUAAGUAUCUGUCAUAUAGGAGUUAAAUCACUUUGUUUAUGCAGCCCUAGUCACACAUCGCCACAUGUGACUUGCAUAGCCUUCUUAAACACAUUCUGUAUAGAGUUAUCUAAUGUUUACACUUCCUCUAUUUCAAAGCCUGUUUAAUCUAGAAUUUCUUAUCUCCAGCUCUGUUAACAGCUUCCUAGACCCUGCAGGAUGCUCUUGUAUGUAAUUAAAGUUCAAUUUGGAAGCAGGAGAUAUAAACUUCUGAAUAACUAAGUUAACAUCUGAUUGAAAAUGAAACUAUUUUUAUAUGUAGACUGU